AUGGCACCUCGCAGUCACGUUCGCGACUCGGUCAAGCAAAUCGACACGACCACAUGGCUCAUCGGAUCAUAUGCAAAAACCAUCCACGACGCAGGCGACCCGUCCGCGGUGUUCAGCUUCGGCGACGCGCUCAUCCUCAAGGUCAGACUCGCCGACGACAGCACCCGGCGAGAACACAAACUACUAAGCUUUCUGGCCGAAAAGCAACUCAGCUUCGACGUUCCCAGAGUCCUUUCCCACGCUGAGGAGGCCGGCAAGACAUACUUGUUCGAACCCCACAUACCCGGCAACAGACUCAAUGAGGUGUGGUGGGAUAUGACCGAGGAGGAGAAAGAGCACGUGGCAAUUCGCGUCUCCGAGAUUUGCUCGGAACUGAGGUUCUUUCGGUCCGAUGUUCUGACUGGAGUCGACCACAACUGGCUGGACCCACUCCAAGACCAGCGCGACUACGGAGUACAAGCCCUCCAGAAACAUUGCGAAGCGCUGGGAAUGGUUGGUUCGACAUUUGUCUUAUCUCACAACGACCUUGGGCCUACCAAUAUCAUCAUGAAUGGGGACCGAAUUGCUGUCCUCGACUGGGAGCUGGCCAGAUAUAGUCCCUUGGCAUGGGUGCGAACUAAGUUCGCUAUCUGCGGAGCACUGCAGGUAGAGCGCAUCGGAAGCGCUGGCGUAGAGACCGAUAGCAAGUACAGAGUGCAGGUUGAGCAGAAACUUAGAGAGAUGGGAUUCCCCCAAGUCACUGAGGCAUACGAGGAGAUGAAGAAGCUCAGGUCCGGCACUCUUCCGGACCGUAUGCCGCGGGUUAUCUUCGGUCGCUUCGACUGUUCGCCGGACCCCGAUACGAAAACGGACGAUGCAUCUCAGAAGCACGUUAAGAUCAUUUCAGAACGCCCACUCAAUGAUACUCUUGAUCCUUUCCGAGACAAAUUGCGCGACCUCAACGAGGCCGACGACCCGCGACAAGAAGAUAUUGCGAGUCUUCUCUCCGCUUUAGUCGCCUCGCCAGCUGCGUUCAGCCUUCCUUCGCCAGACGAAAGCGGUAGCGUUGCAGUCAAGCUGCUAUCUAUCCUACAAUAUGUUCGAGGAGGCGAAAUAAAGACUCAGCAAUUCCACCCUCUCGUCCGCCAUAUCGUGGACGAUUCCUCCGACAUCGACGUCUGGGAAGCUGUCUUCACCGUCAUCGAAUCCCUUAGCGCCCUCACUCCUCCCCCGUCCAGCAUCGCCCCGACUUUCAAAGGAACACCAAUCAAGACCAGCUCGAGCCGACUGGCCGACAGCGAAACGCGCGACAUCGUCGAAGGGGAGCUGUUCUAUGAGAUAAAAGAGUGCACCUUUCGCGAUGUGAAGGGAUUCUGCGACAAGUUCUUCGACUCCAAGCGCUGGCGCAAAGAACAGAAAGCGAUGCUGAAGGAGAUGAUGACAGCACACGACGGGAAGAAAUGGACAGAUUUCCCGACCCCUUCGGACGAAAAGCCGGUCUGGGACUGGUUCCGUUCACUAGAGGAGCGUUUCUUAGCCGAUUCAACGUACAAGCUACAUACCACCAAAACCGCCCACCAGUUCAAGGAACGGAAAGGCCAGAUGGAUGUCUUCUUCCAGACGCCAGCCAAGAAAAAGGACGGCACUUUGCGGUACAAGCAUGUCCUUGUCGUUGGAGAGCAAAAGAAGUCAUACGAUACGGGCAGAUUCAAGGCGGACCUUCUUCAGAUUACGCGCUAUAUGCGAGGCGUCUUCGCCGACCAGCCGACGCGCCGAUUUAUCCACGCGUUCUCCCUCUACGCGUCCACGAUAGAGCUCUAG